UGGGUCCUUCCAUAUUAGCAUCUAAUGUAACAGGUUUGGCAGGUGUUUCGCCAGUGAGCUACCUGAACAAGGUGUGAUUAGUCAAUCGAAAACACGCAACAGGAACUAAGAGGAAGUCUGUUUUUUAAAGAAAAUGAGUAACCCUAUCCCAUCUAACCUGGGGUCCGAGGCAAAGAAGGCGGCCAAAAUCCUGCGGGAUUUCACCCAAAUCUCCAGCCGUACGGGACCGGACAAACUCAUCCCAGCCCAUGUGAUUGCAAAGGCAGAGGGUCUGGCCAUCAUAUCGGUCAUCAAAGCGGGGUUCAUGAUAACCGCUCGAGGAGGCAGCGGGAUCGUCAUCGCUCGACUCCCUGAUGGACGGUGGUCUGCACCUUCGGCUAUUGGGAUUGCAGGUCUUGGUGGGGGAUUCGAGAUUGGAGUUGAGGUGUCAGAUCUGGUCAUCAUUUUGAACUACAGGCGUGCCAUCGAAGCAUUCGCCAAGGGAGGGAACCUCACCCUGGGGGGGAACUGCACUGUGGCAGUGGGACCAAUGGGCAGGAACAUUGAGGCGGACGUGGCGUUGAGAAGCACAGCUGCUGUGUUUACGUACUGCAGGUCCCGCGGCCUGUUUGCAGGGGUGUCGCUGGAGGGGUCCUGUCUAAUCGAACGCAGAGAAACUAACAGAAAGUUUUAUUCUCAGGAUAUCCGGCCGCUUUCCAUCCUGAAUGGGGAGGUGGAGCCUCCAGAUGCAGCUAAUGACCUCUACUCCAUCCUGGAUGAUUACACCGCCAAAUACACCUCCGACUGGGAGCGCAAAUACCAGCGCCAGUCCACCAAGAGUAAUGCUCCACCGAGACCAAGGCCACCUUCUCAGCGCUCCACCCAGGGCCCCGCCCCCAGCCAGAGCCCCGCCCCCAUUAAGGGUCCUGCCCCCAGCCAGUGGUCUGCCCUUAGCCAGUGGCCUGAAGGUACCCCUGCCUCUCCCUAUGCAAAGCCAUCUCUCUACCCCAAUGUUUCUGCUUUCAAAUCCGAAAGUGCAGCCCCCAGCAGAGCUCCAGUCGGCCCUGUUGUUGUCACGGCGAUGCACCCCUUCGCGGGCCAGCAGCCAGGAGACCUGAGCUUCAAUGUGGGCGACAAGAUCACCGUGACGACCAAAACGGACUCGCAGUACGACUGGUGGGAAGGGCAGCUGCACGGGCGCGUUGGCAUCUUUCCCGCCAACUUUGUGUCCUUCAGCUGAUCUUGGGUCAGUCCGCACCCCUGCCCCACACACAGCCUGCUUCUGCACUACUUUACAACGUGGACUCUCUUUUUCUGGGGUUGGGGAGUGUGUAAAAUCACCUCCAGUGUAAAACCGAUUCCUGUGCCAAACAUGGUUUCCUGUGUAAAAUGUGGUUUCUCUGCCACUUAUCUCAAAAAUAGUUAGUAAUAUAUGUAGCCCUAUACUCAGAGUAUAUACUUAGAGCACAUAUAGGGCUACAUAUAAACAGCAAACGUUUUGCUAAAGAUUUUUGCAUUGAAAUUUAACAGAAUUUCUGGUGUUGUAUCAAUUUGUUUCUUAUUGAUUUUAUUUGUUUGGUUUCACUUUUGUUUUAAAAUAUCAUACUGUGGCGAUUUUAAAUUAAAUGCUCAAAUGAGUUCAGCACUUUAAAAUGUCAUUUUCUGGAUUUUUUAUUUUGUAAUUUUUUUGGUUUUUGUUUGGAGACUUCUCUCUAUCAUACUUCUUAGUCCCCACUCCAUAAUCUCAGCUCUAUACCACACACUAUAAUCUCAGUGUACAACUAAUGUGAGCUGCAGUUACUCAUGGCUAACAGCGUGAAGCUAACGUGAGCUGCAGUUACUCAUGGCUAACAGCAUAGAGCUAAUGUGAGCUGCAUUUACUCAUGGCUAACAGCGUAAAGCUAAUGUGAGCUGCAGUUACUCAUGGCUAACAGCGUAAAGCUUAUGUGAGCUGCAGUUACUCAUGGCUAACAGCGUAAAGCUAAUGUGAGCUGCAGUUACUCAUGGCUAACAGCGUAAAGCUAAUGUGAGCUGCAGUUACUCAUGGCUAACAGCGUAAAGCUAAUGUGAGCUGCAGUUACUCAUGGCUAACAGCGUAAAGCUAAUGUGAGCUGCAGUUACUCAUGGCUAACAGCGUAAAGCUAAUGUGAGCUGCAGUUACUCAUGGCUAACAGUGUAAAGCUAAUGUUGGCUGCAGUUACUCAGGGCUAACAGCAUAAAGCUAAUGUGAGCUGCAGUUACUCAUGGCUAACAGCGUAAAGCUAAUGUGAGCUUCAGUUACUCAUGGUGUUAAGCAUUAUUUAAAUAUUUAUGGUACAGCUGGGUUUCAUGCAGGUUGCUGAUUGGUCACAUUGGGCUGUGUAAUGGUGCAUUUUUAACAGGCUGAUGGGGGGACAUCUUCACGAUUUUACCAGAAAGUAUGACUCAAACAGCACUUUCAUGUUAUGCUGCUGCUUAUGAAGGUAUCUAUUUUUAUACAGUAAAAAUCUGUGCUUGAAAAUGUUCCACCGUGGGAAAAUAAAACCUGAAUUUAAAUGCUGUUAUUUAAGUGUUCAAGGAUCACCAGGUACAUCACGGAUGGAGGGAUAGGAGCAAUGAAUGUGCAGAAUGUGGUGUUGUUUAUUGUCCUAUAAUAAUAGUUUAUGGUGUUGAAUGUACUAUUCUUCUGGCUUUUUUUAAAACUUUAUGUUGAGCCUUCUCCUUCCUCUGUUCACUUAUUUUCAGUGAAAUAGCAAGUUAUACAAGUAUAUCACAUAAUUGAUGUGGUUUUAAAAACAUUUGCUGAUUUAUAAAUUUGAAUUAAAUUAUAAUUUAAUAAAAAAUUACUGUGAUUUUUGUAAGGGUAAAAUCCAUGUGUUAAAGCUUCUAAUAAAGAUACUUUUCCUAGCGUU